UUUGAGAAGGCGCCUGAAACUCCAGCGGCCGACUCGCAUCUGUCCCCGCGGCUCCAGCCAUCUGUCGCCGGCCGCGCACGGCCUCGUUGGGCAGCCGGACCUCUCUCCCCCGGUCGCGUCGCCGAUGGAGCCGGCAGCAGAGGGGGGGGGGGGGCGGCGCCGUGAAGACGAGGGUCACCCCGCGCGGCCUGUGAUGGAUGAGACUGGCGGCGCAGACAGGUGCCUCGGCCGAGGAUGGAGCGUGGCGGCGGCGUCUUGGCGAAGCGGACGCUGAGGGACGAGGAGCCGAGGACUCGCCCUGAUUGCGCUGAUUUAUAAGGCGGCGCCAGUUCCUGGCAGCUUUUGGGGGCUUUUUCCCAAAGUCUCGAUCCCGAAGCCGGGAGUGGAAUUAUCGUUUCUCCCUCCAGAGGUGACAGCUGCUUCAGAAGCAUCAGCUCCACGCAGACACGCACGGCUCCGAGCAUUCUGGGACAUCUUACCUGAGAGCCCUACACUGAUCCCGAACACUCUCAGUUUGCCUUGUUUCGCCUUUUUUGUCCUCUUCUGGCCACUUCCCUGUGAUCCCCGUCCAUCACCGUCCGUCCUCCUCCUUACCUUCUUCUGUCCUCCCCUCCCGCCCCUCCACUCCUCCUGUUUUUUUCACUAGCGAGUGAUAAUGUGACCUUCUGCCAAAGUGCUGGAAACCAUGCCGCCGUCGCAGCGGGCUCCUCUGUUGCUAAUACUGAAAUAGACUCAAACAAGUGCAGGGAGAGGAAGAGGAAGGGAGGAGGGAGAGGAAGAAAGGAGGGAGAGGAAGAUAGAGAGAGGGCCUAAGGGGGAGAGAAAGACAAAAGGGAAAGGAGAGGAGGGGGACAAAAGGAAAACGUGAGCAGGACAGCGGAAGCCGCAGACUCGGGAUGAGCGGUGAGGAGCCAGGGCUGGAUGUGGAUCGCCGACACAGGCAGUAGGUGACUGAGAUGGGCGUUCGUCCAGGCUGCUUGAGCGACUCCCCGUGGUGGCUGCCGCCGCCGCCGCUGCUGCUGCUGUUCUGCACCGUCUCCUGCUGUUCGGGCCGGCCGUUCGGGAUCCCCACGCCCUCCGUGAACGUGGCGGUGGUGUUCAGCGGCUCGGCCUACCAGACGGAGAUUAAAGGGCGGCUGAUCCGGGAGAACUUCAUGGACCUGCCGCUGGAGGUGAACCCCAUCACCGUGCUGGUCAACAACACCAACCCGCGGGCCCUGCUCACGCGCAUCUGCGACACGCUCACCACGAACCGCGUCCACGGCGUAGUGUUCGAAGACAAUGUGGGCUCGGAGGCUGUGGCGCAGAUCUUGGACUUCAUUUCCACUCAGACAGCGGUGCCCAUCGUGGGCAUCAGUGGAGGCUCGGCUGUCGUCCUGCCACACAAGGGCGAAGGCUCCAACUUCCUCCAGCUGGGCUCCUCCAUCGAGCAGCAGAUCACCGGCAUGUUCAAGGUGAUGGAGGAGUAUAACUGGGACAGCUUUGUGAUUAUUACCAGCCUCUACCCAGGCUAUGAGGCCUAUGUGGAUUAUGUCAAGUCCUUCAUCGACACCAGCUACUUCAUUUGGGACCUGCAGGACGUGUUGACCUUUGACAUGUCGGCCGACAGCCUCAACGACAUCCGCGCGCGGAGGCUGUUGCAGCAGAUCGACGCCCAAGUUCUGUUGGUCUACUGUUCCCACGAUGAGGCCCAGUAUCUGUUCUCCAUGGCAUCCGAGGCUGGACUAGUGGGGCCAGACUACAUCUGGAUAAUCCCCAGCCUUGCUGUGGGGAACCCAGACAUCCCUCCGCCGGACACCUUCCCUGUGGGGGUCAUCAGCAUCAUCACAGACCGGUGGCGGAUGAGCCUGAGGAAGAGGGUGCGGGACGGCGUGGCCAUCGUAGUGAAAGGUGUGCAGAGCUUCCGAACACAGCGAGGCUUCAUUCCUGAGGGCCACAAUGAUUGUAACAACCCCAUCAAGCCGUCUGCCGCUAACGACACUCUAUUCAGGCACAUGAUGAAUGUAACCUGGGAACACAACGACUUCUCCUUCAACAGUGACGGAUAUCUGGUGAAUCCGACCAUGAUUGUCAUCACGCUGGACAAAGAGAGGCAGUGGGACAAGGUGGGCACCUACGAGAUGGGAAGACUGCAGAUGAGGUACCCCGUGUGGCCGAGGUACGGCUCCUUCCUGGAGCCCGUGUCGGACUACAGACACCUGAGGGUGGCCACGCUGGAGGAGCGGCCUUUCGUCAUCGUGGACGCCGUGGACCCCGUGACGGGGACGUGCGUCAGCAACACGGUGCCGUGCAGACGACAGUCCAACAGGACGGAGGCCAUUGUGGGUCACACGGAACCCUACACGAAGCUGUGCUGUAAGGGCUUCUGCAUAGACAUCUUAAAGAAGCUGUCCCGCACCAUUAAGUUCACCUACGAUCUAUACUUGGUCACCAAUGGCAAACACGGCAAGCUGGUCCGUGGCAUAUGGAACGGGAUGAUUGGAGAGGUGUUCUACGAACGGGCGGACAUGGCGAUCGGCUCGCUGACCAUAAACGAGGAGCGCUCGGAGAUUAUCGACUUCUCCGUGCCGUUUGUGGAGACGGGGAUCAGCGUGAUGGUGGCUAGAAGUAACGGGACCGUUUCACCAUCUGCCUUUUUAGAGCCGUACAGUCCGGCAGUCUGGGUGAUGAUGUUCGUCAUGUGUCUGACUGUCGUGGCCAUCACAGUGUUUGUCUUUGAAUACUGCAGUCCAGUUGGGUACAACCGCAGCCUGGUCAGUGCCAAAGACCCAGGAGGUCCCACAUUCACCAUUGGAAAGUCUGUGUGGCUGCUGUGGGGGAUCGUCUUCAACAACUCCGUCCCAGUGGAGAACCCCAAAGGCACCACCAGUAAGAUCAUGGUCCUAGUGUGGGCUUUCUUCGCCGUCAUCUUCCUGGCUUCCUACACAGCCAACCUGGCAGCCUUCAUGAUCCAGGAGCAAUACAUCGACACGGUGUCCGGCCUGAGCGACAAAAAGUUUCAAAAGCCACAGGAACAGUACCCUCCGUUCCGCUUUGGUACCGUCCCAAAUGGCAGCACAGAGCGCAACAUAAGGAGCAACUACCCUGAGAUGCACUCCCACAUGGUCAAAUACAACCAGAAGGGAGUGGAGGACGCCCUGAACAGCCUCAAAACAGGGAAAUUGGACGCUUUUAUUUACGAUGCCGCUGUGCUCAACUACAUGGCUGGCAAAGACGAGGGCUGUAAGCUGGUGACCAUUGGCAGCGGGAAAGUCUUUGCCACCACUGGUUACGGCAUCGCGCUGCAGAAGGACUCCCGCUGGAAGCGACCCAUCGAUCUGGCCCUGCUCCAGUUCCUGGCUGAUGGUGAUAACCAGAAGCUGCAGACCGUGUGGCUCACAGGCAUCUGCCGUAAUGAGAAGAAGGAAGUGAUGAGCAGCAAGCUGGAUAUUGACAACAUGGCCGGGGUCUUCUACAUGCUGCUGGUGGCCAUGGGCCUGAGCCUGCUGGUGUUUGCCUGGGAACAUCUGCUCUACUGGAAACUGCGACAUUCAGUCCGCAAAUCUGAGCGCCUGGACUUCCUCCUCGCCAUCAGUAGAGGCAUCUACAGCUGCUUCAGUGGAGUUGAGCACACUGACCACAACGGGAGCAUGCAGAGUCCUGACAUCACCACAAACUAUUCCCAAGCUAAUAUGCUAAAGAUGCUAAAGACAGCCAAGGACAUGGUGUCUUCUGCCAGAGUAGAGAACUCGCUAGACAACGCUACAAAAACACUGGAGAACUGGAGCCGGCGGGGGGGCGACAAUGUGCGCGUUGGCCUUCCGCCCAGGAUAACGACCGCAGACGUGACCCACGGCCGCGUGCCCUACAUCUCCAGCAUCACGGACAACCACUCGCCGUACCCUCAGCGGGCCCUCACGCCUACCUUCCCCGUUCAUUAUGCAGACACCACCACCCAGCCCCUCCUCAGUAAGCCCCGCAUCGUAACCCGGCCCACCCCGCUCCGCUACACACUGCCCGCCCGAAGCAGCCAGCACGUCUUGGAGAGGACUCUGCCCAUCUCCAGCCUCAGCAGUCCGCACAUUGCCAUGAGGGACCCCGCUCCCCCCGGUCCAUCCGAAAGUCACCACAGCAGCAGGCUGUAUGUGGAGAACCAGCCCCGGCACCCCAUGUCCCCCUUUGUUCCUUACAGGGAGUUCCAGGUUCCCGAUGCAUAUCUGCAACACAGAGGGCCACUCAGGAGAAAGCUUAGCUACCCCCCUGACUGUGUGGACCGAAGGAGGAGGUCCCACAGCUAUGUGUUCCAUGCUGCAGACCCCAGAGUGAGGGGCGACUACGAUGAACCUCGAUCAUGCCUUGCUGAAUUGAGAGCUAAUCACCUCCUGAGCAACCAAGCCCCCGAUGCUGCUGCCAUGGCUUGCACCGCAGGGCAUUAUCCAGGUGGCGCCACCAGCUGUAAUACUUGUAUGAAGUCCUACCUAGAGCCCGAAAUGGAUGAUAUACCACUGCUGGGCAAGGACAAACUCAACCGUCGCGCCUCAUUCCUCAAAGCCACAUGGGGAAACGAUAGAAUCCAUCAGGUAGAUGAAACCAAGCCCUCCACGUCCACGUCUCCUUCCACACGCGCAGAUGUGCCCGACCUGUUCCCGCGGGUGGUCGUGGCCGACCCGAAGCACCACAGACUCUACGGCAGUCUGGGGCACAACCUAUCCUGCUACCCCUUGGCUGCCGAGCCUGCCUACUUGGACCCAGCCCACAUGGGCUCCUACCCUUAUAAACAAAAGCUUAAGUACUCUGAGUCCACGCGGCUGCCCUCCUACAGGGAAGCAAUCCUGCAGAACGCCGCCGCCCUGCGCCGCUCCUCCUCCACUGUGGUCCAUAGACACUACUCCACCUACCUGAACUCGUACACAGACUUACCAGUGUAUGUGGGCCCUCUGCACCAUGGACCUUCCCAUUUCUAUAAUGGUUCUAAGGACACGUGCCACCUGUUUCCCUGUACAAGCCACUGCCCAGAUAAUGCAGCGAUGCUGCCUCGUAUGAGCGACAGGCCGGUGGUUUACCACAACAACAUGUUUGGACCUUACAGUGGUACAGGGAAGAGGGAAGACGCCGGCACCGGGAGCCGGGAUCGGAGGCAGGUUUUGGUGGCACGCAGAGUCAACAGUCCCUAUGUGCCAAAGCCCUGGGGCAGGGUAUCCAGCCUAGAGUCUGAGGUCUGAGUCCCCAUCCUUACUGGAUCUCCAGUAGGCUCUUAACCUGAGCCCCUGUGAGGAGAGGCAUGCCUAGGGGUUCUCCCCUCAGCCUCUGGUUAAAGCAAAAAUUUAACUCUACACCAAUAGUGUAUUUGGGAGCGUUGACUCUCGAUUAUCAGUGCAAUAAUAUCUCGGGCAGCAAAAUGUAAACAAGAAGACUCAAGCAAAUGACUGCUGGGACUUUGUAUGCUAAACUUCAAAUACUAAAAAAAAGGUAAUGGUAAAAAGUAUCUACUGCGUAAGAAUUUAACCUGUGGAUUGUUAUUUAAAGGAUUUUUAAAUGCUGUGUUGCUAUGUGAAAGAAUUCUGGGAGACAAUAUACUGUAGCCUCUCAAUCCAAUUACAACUUGAUAUGUUCUUUUUUUUUCCAAAAUCAUUCCAGCACCUGCUCCUUCAACUAAAAGACUUAAUAAGAUCAUUACACGGUCUGACAACUGAUGUGUUGUAUGAAUUUUACAUGUUUGGGUGCAAAGUUGCACUGAGGCAUCCUGUUCCAUUGGCCAUUCAUGUUAAUUGACUGGGAUUUUAAGGAAGGGAACCUAUCAAAUGUAUCAUAUAUAUUUCCACUGUUAAACUAUCCUUUAAUAAAGAAAAAGGGCGUCUGAAGGGCCUGCAGCAAGAA